UGGCUGUGGAUCUGACGCCUGCUAUUAGAUUGUGGUUAAUGGAAAUGAGCCUAUGUUGGGUUUGGUUCUGGGAAAAAAAGGAUACUGAGCACAGAUAAGUGCAUCGUUUACUCAAAGGUCAUCAAUAGGGGAAAACAAUGGAGCUCAUCAUCAAAGACAUAAGUGGAACAACGCAGCUUGUAAAUGUGCUGCCAAGUACCACCACUGGUGAACUGAAGCAGCAUAUUGCCCCUCACUUUGGGGCAAGAGCCUCACGCCUGAAGCUUUCAGCCCUCAGUGGUCAGAUCCUGGACAAUGACCAGAUGACCAUGAGCCAAUACAGUCUGAUUUCAGGAUCCACUGUGAUGCUCCUGAUCUCCACAAGCCCCGUGCCAUUUCAGGUGUUUGUGAAGAAUGAGAAGGGACAGAUGAGGACGUACGACAUCACUGAUGAAGAGACCGUUGAUCAGUUGAUGACGAAUAUCUACCAGAAAGAGCGAACACCAGUGGACCAGCAGCGGCUGAUCUACAAUGGCCAACAGCUCCAGUGUGGCAGGAAACUGCAGGAUUAUGGCAUUGGUCAAGAAAGUACCAUUUAUAUGACCCUCCGUCUGCGUGGAGGCUGAUGAGACAAAAAUACGUAGACAUCAUUUUUGUCCUAUUUAACACCACAGAACAAAAUAUUAAAAUAAUAAUGAAAAUAAUAAUAGUAAAAGUACUGUGUAUGUUGCAUGACUGAUUCAGUUACAAUCAGCUAAUUCUCAUAUUUAACCCCCAAGUAAUCACAUCUAGAAACCUAUUUACUUCUCCUUCCUGACACACUUCUGCAGACACUUUAGACACACACUUAGAAAAUGAUCUUAAUGGUCAAAUUUAUUUAUUGAUUUAUUUAUUGUUGUUAUUUAUUAUUUAAUGACACCUGUAUAACCAUCUUUAAUAUAUACAUAAUAAUCUACCUUGUUGUUUAGUAAUAAGACCAAAACAUACUUUUGAUUUUAAUGGAAAAUGGUGUAACUUAAAUAUUGUACUCUUACUUUUCGGUGCAUUUUCUUACUGAUAAAUUCAAAUAAAAAUAAUAAUA